AUGAAGUUGUUGGCUGUGUUCCUCGUUUUCUCCUUUAUGGUUGUGACCAUUGCUACCUCUGUCUCCAAUGAUGGCACUCCUGGUGAUGAUCGAUCUCCUUCUUGUCCUUUCGGCUGGACUCUGAUCAACAGUCGCUGUUUUCAAUAUGUUGCCAAUGAGAUGACUUGGGCUGGAGCCGAAAGAAACUGUCUGUCCAUGGGGGCAAACCUUGCAUCAAUUCACAACAUGAACGAGAACCAUCAGAUUCAGACUCUGAUAUUUACAGCAAGUCAUGAGUCCAAUGAAACAUGGAUUGGAGGCUCUAAUGCACAAGAGGAGAGCAUCUGGUUAUGGAGUGAUGGAAAUCUAUUUAGCCACACAAACUGGUGUCCAGCAGAGCCUAAUAAUGCUAAUGGCAUGCAGCACUGCUUACAGAUAAACUAUUCAGGUGCAAAGUGCUGGGAUGACUUCGACUGUGGUGCCCGUAAACCUUCUGUCUGUGUCAAGACAAUGUGA